AUGGAAGUACCACUGGUGCCAUGGAAUGAUUUCCUGAUAGAAUGUGCAAGUGUAGAUAGCGAAACCGGUACGUCUGGGCUGUUUGAAUCUGAAUGGAAAUGGCUUAAACAGCUGUGCGAACUGGCCGGUGAGGAUUGCUGUUCUGAAGUGAAUAAUUCAUUCCAACAAGUAACACUCACUUUAAGGUUGGAUGCUAGCAGUUAUUUUUUGAAGCUACGCUGGACUGAAUCCUUUUCUAUAGUUGGUCCUGAAGUGGUUACCAAUUUGGGUUCUGCAUUUCAAUAUUCAUGGCAGAAUGGUGAUACUCUUUGUUCGUUGUAUCAUCGCUUCGUUCACUGCUGUUUGAGGAUCGACCAGGCAGUAGGACUGUGCUCAGAUGUCAAAUAUCCAUUUACAUUCAUAGGGUGGACAGUCGAUGAAGAUGACCCUACUUGUAUAGCCGUCACAUUGUUAUGCGAACAGUGGCAUACAAGAAAAAGCUUUCAGCUAUUUUUGGUGAUUGAUUGGUCAGAGCCGAAUAUUUUUCCGCGUAGACUCACUUCUUCUCCAGAGUUUCUUCAGGGCUUGCAACUUGAUGAAUGGGAUUCGUCAAAUGUGUUUGCUGAUAACCUAACUCGAGUUUUCCGUAAUAUGAUCUCAUAG